AUGCCUGAGCCUCAUACCCCCAUCUCUUCCCACACACCUGAACCCAGACCUGAAUUCAUGCCCGUUGUGGUUCACAUUGAUUUUAGCCUGAGAAGCCCUGUCGAUGGCAUCCAGUUCGUGCUACCUACUGGCUCCGAGUCUUACCCAUAUGUAAGCAACUACUAUGUUUGUGAUGAAGAAGUUCUGAUAUUUUCCAGCAUGUACCGCAUGCAUAUACAACAUCAUCGUCUCCUGAUGCUGCGAGAUGCUUGGGUUCCAUGCGUCCACAGUGUGUGGGAGAAGUGCACUUGGGAGUUCGAAUUUGUUGUUCCUCGCUAUCUCGAAGAGCCUGAUCCUGGUCACCGUGGAGAGAAUGGUGAUUUUGAAGAGUCCCAGGAGUCUAUCCAGACGGUAGUUAUCUGCAGUGGCAACCUCAUGGAUCAGGCAUGUCGCCCACCAGUGUUGACGUUCGUACAGCAUGUCGCUUUUGCUGCUGGACCAUUCCAUGUGCAUCCCAUCCCGACAGAGCUCACAUCAGAGGAUACGUCUGGCAUUUCACAGCCUCUGAUGCAUGCAUUUUGCUUGCCUGGUCACGAAUCUAUGCUCCAUUCGUUGAUUUCAUCCCUGCAUUCGGCGAUGAACUUCUACAGUACAGAGUUCGGUUCCUACCCAUUUGGAUCAUACAAAGUGGUAGCAGUGGACGAGAUGCCUGCUCAGCGUUUUGACAGCUCGACGCUAUCAAUAAUCACUGACUCGAUUGAGCAGGUGCUUGAAACCCAGCAAGCACUUAGUCACGCCCUGGCCUGUCAGUGGAUGGGAAUCAACAUCCAACAAAAGACAUGGUCAGAUACUUGGCUUGUAAAUGGUCUUGCGCUGUAUAUCACCAGCCUGUUCGUCCGCAAGCUCCUGGGAAAUAAUGAGUAUCGAUACAGGCUCAAGCGGGACAUGCAACGAGUCGUCAAGUGGGACAACGGAUCGAUGCCACCCAUCUGCCAACCACAGCAUAAUGAUCCCCCAGACUCCAUGACACUACCUUUUAUUAACUUGAAGGCGCCCCUCAUGCUGCACAUUUUGGAUCGACAUCUUGGCAAGUCUGGUACCUCGCUCGGUCUUCCUCGUGUCCUGCCCAAGAUUUUCUUGUCAGCAAUGAGCGGAGAGUUGCAAAAUAAUGCUCUAUCGACACACUUGUUCUUGCGUACAUGCAGGAAGGUCAGCGGAAUUGAUCUUCGGUCAUUCACUGAGCAGUGGAUCUACGGUAGUGGUUGUCCAGCGUUCGGGUUCUCUGCUUCUUUCAAUAGGAAGAAGAUGGCAGCGCUCGAGCACAACAAGGUGUCGAAACUGUUGCAUAAGCCUGUACCAUUUUUUGAGGGCCAAAUGACUGUUCGGAUCCAUGAAGCGGAUGGCACUCCAUAUGAGCACGUUUUAGACAUUCGUUCGUCCUUCAAACACUUUGAAGUCCCUUUCAACACGAAAUACUUGGCACGACAAGUGGCUGCUCAGGCUGCAGUGGAAGGCAAUGCAGAAGCUGCUGAAGCCAUGGGUCUAAUCGACAUGGGUUUUGGACUUGAGAUCUGGGAAAAGGAAAAGGAAAAGGAGCGAGAAAACUGGAAGGUGGCUGACUGGACCGAGGAAGAUGAGCAGGUGAUGUCGGGUGCAACGUACGAGUGGAUUCGCAUGGACACUGAUUUUGAAUGGAUCGCCGCUAUCGCUUUUGAACAGCCCGACUUUAUGUGGAUGUCACAGUUGCAGCGAGAUUGCGAUGUCGUUGCGCAACUAGAAGCUGUUAAUGCUCUCGCAAAGCAAUCCACCGCCAUCAUUUCGAGUACAUUCACCAAGACAGUGCUCGUCUCCAAUUACUAUUAUCGCAUACGGUGUGAGGCUGCGAUGGCUCUAGUGCACUGUGCUAUUCGGAAACUUGAUUUCUUGGGACUAUUUCAUCUAUUCAAGUUAUUCCUUCGCUACUGUUAUGACCCUGAAGACCCCAACCAAGAUUUAUUCGCUCAUACUUACGUCCCAAAGCCUAAUGACUUCUCUGACCUGGCAGAAUACUUUGUUCGAAAGCUCAUCAACGCCGAUCUGGACAUGUACUACGCGCCCUCCGACAGGCAGCUGCUCAAGCUGCAUCAGAAGGCGACGUGGACGUACGUUCGAACGAGCAAUAUGCUUGACGACGCGUUCGAAUCCACCAAUUUAAUAUACACCGCUGUAGAAACAACUAUCCAGAUGGUGGUAUUCUGA